UGUGAAGUUUCAACUGUUUACUAAGUUGAGUGAAUUUCAAUUUGCUUAUGGCGAAGGAGUUAAGUGGAGUUCACUGAUUUAUUACGCCUUACAACACCAAAACCGUAGUUGAAAAUUAUGCAGAUUAUUUGAAGCCGUUGGAAUAUUUUUGCAAAUUCCGAUGAUGAACAACUUCAGAGGGAAGGACUUCGAGUCGCAGCACCAGCAGAACAGGACGUCGUUUUUGAUUGAAGAUAUUUUGUACAGGCAGAAGGCGGAAGAGGAACAAAACGAUGCAGAAGAUGGGUUUAGAGUGAAAGACGACAAAGUGUUUCAACAGCCGAAGAUUGCUGAUAAAAGAGUUGAAAAAAGUGCUUAUGGGUACUUUCAACCGGUGCAAAAUAGUUGUGUGCAAGCGUUUCAAGGACCUGAUAAUGGGUAUAUACAGGUCAUGGGUGCCUUGGGGGCUUACCUUGGGACGCCUUACAAAACUGUGACGGACCCAUACUUUUUGGCACAAGGUCUUCCAUUCCACCACGCGCUUUUUGGAAGUUCAGCCAGCGAAAUAUCCCUCAAUGCCUUGAAACACUGUCGUCGCCGGAAAGCACGUACUGUCUUUAGUGAUCCUCAACUAACUGGUUUGGAAAAACGAUUUUCAGCACAACGUUAUCUCUCCACCCCUGAGCGAGUAGAACUGGCUAGCGCUCUAAGCCUUAGCGAAACCCAAGUGAAAACAUGGUUUCAAAACCGACGAAUGAAACACAAGAAACAAAUGCGAAAAUUACAAGAAGAAAAAGCGGCGGCGUCCAAUGGGAGCAUCGCGACGGCAGACAAAUCUCAACGUUCAGAAAUUAACAUCGAUUACUCAAGAACACAAGACAUGCAGAUGGGCGGGACAGGAAAAUCCUUGACUAAUUCGGAUUUGAGUGACUGUGAGAGUGACAUCGACAUUGUAGGAGACACAAAAAAUUUGGGUUAUUCGUAUAAGGGCGCUUAGAAAAACACCCUACG